AUGCCAGCAAUUCCCUCCGUUGGGACUUUGAUCGGGAGUUCCCUUGUGCAGCGUAGCACACUUCCGCUUGCCUCAAACACAACUGAUCCCAUUUUGGAGGUUAUCUGCGCCUGGCCAGUAUCUGGGCAGUAUGGCCCCGGUACUCGAUAUUUGUAUUAUGUCUUGAUGGCGGCAUGUGUGCUCGCACGCAAGGAAGAAUGGAUUCGUAAUGCUUGCCUGGCUGCUGUGUUACUUUUCCCCGCCGUCGCGGCCCUACACGGGAUUGUUCUCGCGGCGCUUCAUGUGCCCGGUGCGGUUGACAUGGAUGUUUACGGGGCGUUCCAGCUGUGCGCGAUCGGCAUCCUGACUGCUCCCGCCACCGUGAAAUUGUCAAAUACCUACUUCAACAAUCCAGGUCGAAAUAUCAUCUUUCUCUGGACCGGCCUUCAACUGGCCGGCCUGCUCAGUCUAACUGUAGAAUUCAUCCGCAUAACUCCCACCCCUUGCCCUUUUGAUGACCCAGCGACGUCGGUUUGGGCGGACACACAGGUCUUCCACUACAAUUCCACCUGUGGCAUGAUUUGUAACGAAGAUACGGGCCCUAAAUCACCUCUUCGAGGAGGUUCCGCAGACAACAUCUACGUGAUCCCCUCGCCUCACCAGUUAGACUUUAACACUGCGACUCUGCUAGCAGCUGCGUGCUGCAUCCCUGCCAUCCUGUCGAUGCUAUCGAUGUGGAUCAAGAUCCUAGACGGGAAUUGGGAAAAACUUAUUGGAAAGAAGAAAAAGAAAGACGACGAGCCAAUUGCCGGCACGAAUGGCGCCACGCCAAUACAGAUGACAGGUAUUGCGGAGAAGAUUCGGGACUGGCUGACCCUUAUCGAGAUUCCAGUGUUCGUUGCGGCUGUAUUGGCUAUUAUUGUCAAAGGAGAGAUGAACUUCUGGAGUGAGCCCGUGAAUUAUCAAACGGAGCCUAUAGCCAGUAUAGGCCAAUGGGCCCCUAUCGUGGGUACUGGUCUCGCCGUCGUGGGAUCACUUUACCUAAUGUUCGCAGCUGACAUGGAAGCUGAAGAGAAACAAACCGGUCCAACUCGAGAGACUACAACCCCCAUAUGUGCCGACUGCGGCGGAAAUGCAAUCCGCGACAGUACAGACUCCACAACCCCUCCUGGAACAUCUGGGGAUACAGUCGAGGCGCCCUCACCAGAAAUUGAACGUACAGCAACGUUCUCUACAAUCCGGCAAGCUAUGACAUCUCAAUCCGGGCCUGACCCCGGAGGCAGACGAAAGGUAGCUCGAUUCUUCAACGUAGUAAGCACCUAUCUCGCCGCAAAAGCACACAACAAUUUCGAAGACACGGGCUUUGAGGUCCAGGAACGAACAAACUUUCCCGAGAUCCCGGCUGAGAUGUUUCGAAAUGAACGACUUUAUGAAAUACGAAAUGCCUAUAACAACACACCUCUGCCUCGAUCCCGAGCUACAAGUUUUGUGGAGAGUGAGACGUCCAAUGGCGAAGGUAGUUCACGAAUACCGACAGGUCAAUCCUCAGUACCGGCGAGACCUCCGCUCGCUGUGACUCGUCGACAUUCGAAUACGAUGCCGGCGGGUGAAGCUCCAUUCGAGAGACCUACCUUUCUGCAAAUUAGGAGUUUAUAUAGUAACUUGUCGCCCGGGCAAUGGAGUCCCCAAGAUGGGCCGACGCCUGAUGAGCAUCAGAAUGUUGGUCACGAUUCUAUAUCGGAUGCUGAUCCUGCUCCGAUCUCACCUAGUGGGCCCACUACCCCUAAAAUUGUGGUAUCAUCCAAUUAA